AUGACACCUGGACAAGAUGCGAACAGCACUUUCUAUCGCUCGGCUAGCAUCUUCAUCAAUGAGCCCAUCGGCAGCAUGAGCUUAAGCCCGGCUAAUCGGGAUGUGGUCCUCGCAGCGAGAAAGGGACUCUACAUUGUCGAUCUCGAGUCGCCCUUUGCUCCUCCGCGGUUCCUUGCUCAGUUGUCUAGCUGGGAGGCUGCAGACGUGCAAUGGUCACCUCAUCCUGCUAGGUCGCAUUGGGUGGCUAGCACGAGUAAUGAUCGCCUGCUCAUCUGGAAUCUCAAUCGACCGGAAGGAGCGCCGAGGCGACUGCCACCAUUCAUGGCAGAAAGUGGAGUCAGCGCCGGCGGUCGCGGCCACAUUGGUGGGGGAACGAGGAUGUCAAGACAAGCAAAUACAGGAAGUAUGACCUCUGCGCAUUCCAACGAACAUCUUGCGGCCCUCUCCGUCUCUCCGAGCUCGACAGCCGCCGCUCAUUCCGUCUAUCAUCAGGCAUCCUCAGGCUCCUCACUCCGCUCCUCUGCAAUCGAGUACGUCCUGCAAGCCCACACACGAGCAAUCACCGACAUCAAUUUCUCGGCUCAUCACCCCGACAUUCUCGCCUCAUGCGCCAUUGACGCCUGGUCCUGGGUCUGGGACUUGCGCACGCCGGGCAAACCUGUCCAAGGGUACUCGGCCUGGAAUGCUGGAGCCACCCAGGUCAAGUGGAAUCGCUCCACUCCGCAUCGCCUUGCGACUGCUGUAGCGAACAAGGUGCUGAUAUGGGACGAUCGCAAGGGCGCCCUUCCCCUAGCAACGAUCGAAGCGCACGAGAACAUGAUCUACGGCCUUGACUGGAGCAGGGACACUACCAGUGCCGGUCUCGAUCAGCUCAUCACCUGUUCGCUGGACGGAGCAGUGAAAUGGUGGGAUCUGAGCGCCCCAGCAUCCAAGGAAGCCAUCGCAGCCCGCACACGCAUCACCGAGCCGGAGCAAGUAAUCCAGACCGCCACGCCUAUCGCGCGCGCGAGGCACCUUCCUUUCGGUCGGGGCGUCAUGACUCUUCCGCAGCGGGGUGACCACACGCUAAGCAUGUGGGCUCGCGACGAUCAGCUGCCCGAUGGUGGGCCAGUGGAGCGCUUCGCAGGGCAUCGUGACAUCGUCAAGGAAUACCUGAUCCGCACACGCGGUGGUGGUGACGUCGAGCAUGAUGACCGGCGCUUCCAGCUGAUUACC